CGACAACAAGAUAAUCAAGCUGAGCCUCGACAUACUACAGACAUACGCUCAGUGUAGUGGAAUAUUUUACUAUCGAAUUCAUCAUAAGAACGGUUAAACAGCCAUCUAGCCCUGACGACUGACCGGUUUCUCGCCUCGCCAUCUUCAUCUCAUCUCAUCAUGCCCAUCACAAUUCUCAGUCCUCAGCCUCCUACACCUAGGAGACCGCAAGCAGUCGCUGCUGCAAACAAUGACUCAGACUCAGACUCUGAAGGUGGUGCUGGUGUAGAUGCCGAUGAAAUUUUCACACCGGGUACCGUAAUUACAUCUAACUCUCAAUGGAUGCGUGGACACGGCACAUAUAUUCCUGCCGACUCAUCUGAAAUUACAUCUUCUCUUGCUGGUACUCUCACAAAGACAAACAAGCUCCUCUCGGUGCGCCCCCUUCGCGCUCGCUACACCCCAGAGAUCGGUGACCUUGUCGUCGGCCGCAUCGUCGAAGUGCAGGCCAAGAGAUGGCGCGUUGAUGUAGCGGCAUCUCAGCUUGCCAUCCUCCAGAUCUCAGCCAUCAACUUGCCUGGUGGAAUUCUCCGUAAGCGUACCGAGACCGAUGAGCUGCAGAUCCGCAGCUUCUUCGCCGAAGGUGACCUAGUCGUCGCAGAGGUUCAGCAACUGCACCAAGACGGUGCCGCGAGUCUUCACACCCGAAGUUUGAAGUACGGCAAGCUUCGAAAUGGUGUAUUUGCCGCUGUUACUGGUACCGGUGGCGGCGGUGGUGUUGUCCGCUCCAAAAGGCAGGUCUGGACAAUGGACGUUGCCAACGCCGGCGGCAAAGUGGAUGUUCUUCUAGGAGUUAAUGGUUACAUCUGGAUCAGCAAGCACAUCGAGAGUGAGACGGCCGCUGAGGCUGCUGGUAUCAACCGCAUGGAGGAAACUGUCAGUAGCAAGGUCUACUCAAGCCAGAACGACCCCAUGGAUGUAGCAACUAUGCGUGAGAUUGCGAGAAUUCGCAGUGUCAUUUUGGCUCUGGUUGAGAAUGGGUUGAAGGUGGACGAGGAUACAGUGACCAGAGGGUACGGCGAAGCUGUGGAUCAGGCAAGAGAUUCGACUGACGAUGAUCUGUACCUGGGAGGCGAGAAGGGACGUCGUCUAGCAACUGCUGUGGCUGGUCACUAAGAUUCCUCACAUUUUAGAAAUCGCAUUUAGACAAUCAUAGUCCUAAUAUAAGAUACCACUACUUGAUGAAUCGUUAGGCUUGGUUUUGCGAUUGUCCCAUG